CUGUUUCAAAAGAGUUUUGGAUUUUCGCUAACAUAAGAGGAAAAGAGCAAAGAGCACCUAAAUUAGGUUGUUAAAUUUACUCUAUUUGCUGUUGUGACUUUAUCUGACCCAAUGAUAUCAAGAACAAUAGGAAGAGGCCCAAAAGGAGUAACUUUUGCUCUCAAAACCACGCUUGUAUUUACAAGCUUUCAUUUUUAUGGGCCCGCGACAAUCGCUGCUGCCAGUUUUGCCCAUCAUACCGUGAGCGCAGGAGUUCAUAGGCCGCAUAGCCACUGCAGUGUAACCGAACGACACAAAAUGCUUGCAGAUGUUUGUGUUUGGAAACCCCCGACAAGGUAUUGUCACCCAUCAUGGUGUCAUCCCCUUCAUGGAAGCUUGACAAUGACACAUUUCUGCAAGAGAUGCUAUAUGACUGAGGAGGAAUUGCUUAAAGAUCCAAACUGUGAAGCGGACGAACUGAAACACAAAUUGGAUGCAGGAAAAGUUUAUGUUAUUGAUGUAAGAAACCCACAUGAGCUGGAGGAAACUGGCAAAAUACCUGGAGCUUUGAAUAUACCUUGUAAGUUUUUUUAUUUAGAACGAAUGGAACGUUCUUUGAAUCGAACUGUCUUUUUCAUCUUUACAGAUGUUUGUGUUUGGAAACCCCCGACAAGGUAUUGUCACCCAUCAUGGUGUCAUCCCCUUCAUGGAAGCUUGACAAUGACACAUUUCUGCAAGAGAUGCUAUAUGACUGAGGAGGAAUUGCUUAAAGAUCCAAACUGUGAAGCGGACGAACUGAAACGCAAAUUGGAUGCAGGAAAAGUUUAUGUUAUUGAUGUAAGAAACCCACAUGAGCUGGAGGAAACUGGCAAAAUACCUGGAGCUUUGAAUAUACCUUUGGAUGUCUUUGAAGAGGCCCUGAGGCUUGAUGACGUCUCAUUCAGAAAGUUAUAUGGAAUGCAGAAACCAGAGCUAGAUGGGAGUGACGUAGUUAUUAAUUGCCGUAGUGGUGUAAGAAGCCUCACUGCUUUGAAGAUCGCACGGAAUUUAGGCUUCCAUAGAUCACGACAUCUGCCAGGAGGGUUUCUACUUUGGAAGGACAGGUUUGCUGAUUUUGUGACUAGAAUGAACAGUUAAAGGACGAAAAAUCUCAAAGAUGUAGAUUAAUUUUCCAUCAUUCUUACCAAAUAAAUAGUCAAUU